AUAGAGAACUAAAGUACAUUAGGACCAUGGUGCUGCUGAUAGCUGUGUUCUAUUUUUAUGGCAGUUUUUGUUGCAUUGCUGCUGGUCAGGAUGCUUCAACCAUGUCUGCUGAAGAAAAGUCCAAAAUCAGGGAACAAAUUUUGGAGAUGUUUGAUCAUGCUUAUGGCAGUUACAUGAAAUAUGCAUACCCAGCAGAUGAGCUGAUGCCGCUGAGCUGCAGGGGGAGAGUUCGGGACCUCGAACCCAAUCGUGGAGACAUCGAUGACUCUCUGGGAAAGUUUUCUCUGACGCUGAUUGACACCUUAGAUACACUAGUGCUGCUGAAUAGACUGGAGGACUUUGAGGAGGCUGUGAAAAAGACUCUUGCAGAUGUUAGACUGGACAACGACGUGGUUGUGUCUGUCUUUGAGACCAAUAUCCGUGUGCUGGGGGGAUUGCUGGGGGCACACGUGAUGGCUGAUUUACUUAAGCAGCGAGGAGACAGGAUGCAGUGGUACAGAGAUGAGCUGCUUCACAUGGCCAAAGAUCUCGGCCAUCGCCUACUGCCUGCCUUUAACACCACCAGUGGCCUUCCUUAUCCAAGGGUGAACCUCCGCUAUGGGGUUUUAAACCCUCUAUCUCGAACAGGCCAGGAGACAGACACCUGCACAGCCUGCGCCGGCACCAUGAUCCUGGAGUUUGCAGCACUCAGUCGACUCUCAGGGGAUUCUGUGUUUGAGGAACAUGCUCGCAAAGCUCUGGAUGUCCUCUGGGAGAAGAGGCAAAGAGGAAGCAACCUCGUGGGCACAGUCAUCAACAUCCAUAAUGGAGACUGGGUCCGUAGGGACAGUGGUGUUGGUGCUGGAAUCGACUCUUAUUAUGAGUACUUAAUGAAGGCCUACAUUCUGCUAGGAGACAACGUGUACCUCGAAAGAUUCAAUACACACUACAGUGCCAUUAUGAAGUAUAUUAGCCAGCCACCUCUGCUGCUGAACGUGCACAUGCACAACCCCACAGUAAACGUGCGCAGCUGGAUGGACUCCCUGCAGGCUUUCUUUCCUGGACUGCAGGUCCUAAGGGGCGACCUAAAACCUGCCAUAGAGACCCAUGAGAUGCUCUACCAAGUGACCAAACAGCACAAGUUUCUUCCUGAGGCUUUCACCACAGAGUUCAGAGUCCACUGGGGUCAACACCCACUGCGGCCAGAGUUUGCUGAGAGCACUUACUUUCUUUACAAGGCUACAGGCGACCCGCAUUACCUCAAGGUGGGGCAGUCUAUAGUGGAGAAGCUGAACACACACGCCCGUGUCCCCUGUGGCUUUGCUGCAGUGCAGGAUGUAAGGACAGGAACACAUGAGGACAGGAUGGACUCCUUUUUCUUGGCUGAGAUGUUCAAAUACCUCUACCUCCUCUUCUCCGAGAAGAGCCAUUUGCCUUUCGAUAUAGAUGACUACGUUUUUACCACUGAGGCCCAUUUGCUUCCCGUUUCUCUGUCCACUACACGGAGUCCAUGUAAAGGCAACAGCACGGGCCGUGACACCGCUGAUGAGGUGGACCUGUUUACAUAUUCCUGUCCUAGUGCUCAAACCCUGUUCCCUAACAACCCUUCCUUUGCCAAGACAAUCAGGGACAGCUGUAAAUACCUCACCGGGGUGGGCAGACCACCCUAUACCUCUCCCAUCAGGGGGAUUGAACUGCCUUUUCAUGACACUGGCAUCGAGCCAAUGGAGUUCUUAAAAAGCAUGGGCAUCUCUUUGUCAGAUAUGGUAACAGCUGGAAGCAGCUCUGUCACCCAGGACACUGAGAAAGGCGUGUUCAGAGUCAAGCUGGUAGCUGAGGUCAGCCAGACAUCUGAAGAAGAAGAGGUGGUGCCACACAUCGUCCAACUCAUCUCCCCACCAUUUUUGGGUAGAACAGUCCUGACAGCGGGGCCAGCUAAAUUCGGGAUGGACCUCACUAAGCAGGAGCACGGGGUUAAGGGUAGUAUAGUGAAGAGUGUUCCGUACACAGCGUGUGGGAACAUCGAGAAUGCUGAAGAGCUGCACGGUCACGUAGCCAUGGCUCUGAGAGGAGACUGCAUGUUCGCUGCUAAAGCUCGUCGACUACAGGACGCAGGAGCCAUUGGUGUCAUUUUUAUUGACCAAACGGAGGACAGCAGCAGUGCCGAGACCCCUCUGUUCCAGAUGGUGGGUGAUGGAGAGACGACAGAGGACAUCACAAUACCGCUGGUCUUCCUGUUCAGCAAAGAAGGGACUAUUCUUACUGCUGCUCUGGAGGAAACCCAAAAUGUGGACGUCCUGCUGCUGCCUAAAGAGAGAGAGCUGGGAAAAGAAAAGAAAGACAAGCUGAACAUCAAGUUCCGACUCGCCAAAGAGAACGAACUGGAGGAAACCGAGUCAGAGAGACAUACCAUCCGGCUGGUGCUGGAAGGAGAGGUACAGCCGGAGAGUGAAGGCAGGACGGUCGAGGCUGCAUCCAAGUCCCACUGCACAGCUCCCUCUGCAGGGGAAAACCAGGAGUCGUGCAGUUCAGAUAAGAAAGAUUCCACAAGCACGCCAUGAUACUGGAACACGAUCGGUGCCUCGGCUUCUCCUCUCAUUCCCAGUCUGCUGCUGCUGGCUUGCAGCUGAUCCAGGAUCAGAAGGGUGGAAAUGCUCUCGUGUCAUUCAGACCCGAACUGAACUGAUGGAGCUCGGAGCAUGGUUAGUCUGUAGUUUUGGGGACUGUGUAUUUAUUUGUAGGAAAAGUGUGUGAAUCCUAAAGUCUUACUUCCUACUAAAUAACUUGACUUACAUGUGCUGGUGGUUGGGAUUUUUUUUUUUUUUUUUUUGUGUCAAAGGGGCAUCAGGACAUUUCACGCCAUGACACUUUAUACUGUCGGUUUUAUUAUUAAAGCUGGGCUGAUUAAUGCAAUAUUUUAAGAAAUCAAAAUGUAAACCAUGACAGAGGUCUCAUGAUGGACUGGCGUCUCGUCUAGUGAAGACGGACCCACCACAACCCUGACCAGAAUAAAGCAGUGGUAAAACGUGAA